AUGACCGAAGAUGAUGUGGAGUUGAUUUUACAAAAUCUCACAAAUAAUCAAAAUCUGAGCGAAUUGCUGUUUCAUCCAAGUGACGAGAAGUCUGUAUUUGAACAAGUCACAAAGAUAUGUUUCUACACUAUAACUAUAGUAGUUGGAUUUUGUGCAAAUGGAUUAAUCGUUGUAGUGAUAUCUGGGACGAAUAGCCUCCGAACAAAAUUUAACUUCUACGUCGUUAACCUUGCUGUUGCGGAUGUCCUUGUCAUAAUGUUUUGUUCAUGGAUUCACCUUGUCAGCGACCUGAAACAACAAUGGAUUCUCGGAUCGUUUAUGUGUACAGCAAAUGCCUUUGUGCAAGGUUGCGGUACAUACAAUGAAGAGAAAUGUCAGAGCGGGAUGAUUCUCGCCAUCUGGACUGCUGCGGUGUUGGUGGCCAUCCCGUGGGCUUUGUAUGUCAAACAAGUAGAAUUCCACUGGGCUACUGGACUUGGAAUUGCCUGUGAAGAUGUGUUUCCUUCCCAGGAAUUCAAAAAGGUUUACACUACUUUGUUUGCAGUGGUCAUGUACAUGAUACCACUGUGUGCUAUGUUUGCACUAUUGUUUGCGAUUUUGAACACUCCAAGGAAGCCGAGUCGGGUCAAUGAACACAGUUUCCCAGGGACUGAAGCUGCGAAUGAGCACCAGGUUUCUAUGACAAGGACUUCUGACCAGGUGCAUGACAGAAGGACCAGUGAACACAGCUUCCCAGGGACUGAAGCUGCGAAUGAGCACCAGGUUUCUAUGACAAGGACUUCUGACCAGGUACAUGACAGAAGGCUGAGUGAAAACAGUUUCCCAGGGACUGAAUCUGCAAAUGAGCACCAGGUUUCUAUGGCAAGGACUUCUGACCAGGCAGUGAAUAUGACAUUGACGCUUCUUGUGGUGUUUUUCAUCUGCUGGACACCCCAGCAAACUACUUUGUUGUGGGAUAUUUAUCGGGAUCGGCACAAAGAGAAACCAAAUGGAAUAUUUGCUUUUAAGUACAUUGCGUUAUACAUGGCCUAUUCCUCGAGCGCAGUGAACCCGGUCGUGUAUAUGAUGUUCAACAAAUGUUUCCGAAUAGCUGCUUGGAAAUCUCUACGUUUCUGGAAAAAGGGAGAAAACUCCGUAUUGACUGUCUGUCCAUGCAAGUAUCUUUCCAAUCGAAAAGAUGGAAAUACUUGUGUACAUCGGCGACUGAAUGAGAAGACGAUGGAGGAACUGUAA